UCGGUCGUGGGUUUGUAACUUUUAACCAUGCGAAAUUUCAACUCUCAGGCACCAAGCAGAUAAGCCAGCCUUGCUUACUUAACUCGAUUCUGAACUUUUGUACCGAUUCCCGAAGCUCCCUUCACAUUGUUCACAAGAACUUUUAUCAUGUCUGUGCACGCUGCACGUAGCCCGCUAUCUGCUAUAUUCCUACUGCAUAUCGCGUUGGAGGCGCCGCUGGCCCUCCAGGCGUUCUGGUCCCCACAGAGCCUUCCCUUCCUGCAGAUGAACAAUACCACGUUAGUCAUGUUGAAGCUGUAUGCCGCGUUGGUCACUGGAUCCUGCAUUACCGCUUUCCUGGCGUAUCCUUUACCAGAAUUUCUGCCCGGAAAGCGUGCACUCGCUAUAGGAUUCUGCAUUUACCACAGUGUGGUGUCAACAAUUCUGUUUCAGACUCCAAGGUUCAUUCCUCACACCCUAGGUCCCUUCCUUGAGUCCGUGAAUCUUACACCUGAGGUUGUGUGGGGUACUUUCCACGGUCUGCUGGGGCUUGGAAUGGUGGUGUGGUGGCAAGCAACGCUGCAGUAUGCAGCAGCAGUGAGAGGAGCUGCACAGUGAUAGAAGGAACAACUGUAUUUAUUCGUGUAUGGCCUGUCUAGGGGAGACUACCAUUAAGACCUAGUACUUAGAAUGUAGUAUCAUUAGUAGCCAGAAGAACCAAGUUGCACAUUAAGGGAGCAUGUCCCGUUUAGCUCAGUUGGUAGAGCGCGUCACUAGUAAUGACGAGGUCAGUCG